AUGCAGCCUCAACGGGCGUCGGUAGCAAGCACCCAGCACGCUGCCCACCAGCCUGCUUUGCUGCCCUUCAUUGUGUCCAGCCCACAGAGUACAGAUACGCAUACGCAUACACAGUACUCGGAAUUCGAGCCUCGAGACUCGAGAGACGUCGUCAGCUGCAAGCCCAAGCAUGCUGGUCCGAGUAUCAGCUUCGCGGCUUCGCCGUUGCUUCUUACAAUGCUACCGUCACUUCUGCCUCCGAAUCCUCGUCCGAUGUCUUCGAGAUCCCGCUCCCACCAACCACAUCGCAUCUGCUCUUACUUCAGACAUGACCUACAGACAUCCAAGCCAGGUCUUCCUCGAUUUCGGCAAGCCUGA